AUGGACUAUCCGAUAGAGUAUGCCCUCAAGACUAAUCACCUCUACAGUGUCUACGUGGCCUACCCGCACAAAGCACAAGAUGCUAUCAACAAAGCCAAACUCGAGCCUCAAUCCAUGUCUCUUCUAAACCCGGCACCAGAUUCCUUUGACCUUCAAUUGGACAACAUGUUCAUCUCGCAUUCCAGCAUGAAAGCUGGCCUUGAUCCUUUCACCGCAGAUCUACGUCUUCCUGAUAGCGACGACGCGUUUGUUCGGAUCAACGUUCCGGCCAUCGAGGCCACCAACGGUAGCGUUGCACACAUCAACCAGAGAGUGCGAAUUGCAAACAUGGACCAGUUCAACCAAUACGUCAAGAAGGUUCUUCUUAGCGACACGUUCAGCAUCUACCUCAAAGGCAAAGGGGGUUUGAAGUAUGGCAGUCUGCCCAAGACUACCGUCAAGUAUAACAAGAAGAUCACCAUCCAAGGUCUCAACGGUCUCAACGGCCUAACCCUCUCCGAUUUCACCAUCCUAACAAGCAGCCAGCCCGACGGCGCCAACGCGAACGGCACCGUCAUGAUCCCCAACCCCUCCAUCGCCACCUACCAAAUGGGCAACGUGUCUCUGACCAUGUCCGUUGCCGGCCUCCCCGUCGGAGUAGCAACACUGCCCGAUGUCCUCUUGAAGCCGGGAAACAACACGUUCAACAUGCGCGCCGUCACCAACCAGACGGCUGUGGUCGGGUUGAUCUUCACGGACUACAAGGCUGGUAUCCUGCCCGUUGACAUCGUGGCCAACGGGAGCGUGUACGAUGGCCAGCAUUUGAACUAUUACGAGCAGGCGCUGCGGACGAAUAAUGUGACCAUUCAACUUGACGUGAUCAAGGCGUUGGAGGAUGCUGGGUUGGCGGAGCUGUUGGGGAUAACUAAUUCUACGAGUUCAUAG